GCUGUGGCCGGGCCCGCGCGGGGGAGCGGAAGCGCCGUGCUGAGGGCGGCAGGGCUGAGGGGGCUGAGGGGCGGCGGGGCCGGCCGGGUGCGGCGCGAUGCGGGGCGGCCGCCGCCUCUUCCCGCUGCUGCUCUUGGCGCUGCUGCCCGGGCUGUGCCACGGCAGGGAGUCGGCGCCGGGCGCCGUGACUUGCGGCUCGGUGCUGAAACUGCUCAACACCCGCCACAGCGUCCGGCUCCACUCGCAUGAGGUCAAGUACGGCUCCGGAAGUGGGCAGCAGUCAGUGACAGGAGUUGAAGCCUCAGAUGAUGCCAACAGCUACUGGCGGAUCCGUGGGAAGAGUGACAGCAGCUGCCAGCGUGGGACACCAGUCAAAUGUGGGCAAGCCAUACGACUCACCCAUGUUAACACUGGGAAAAACCUGCACACUCAUCACUUCCCAUCACCACUCUCCAAUAACCAAGAAGUAAGUGCCUUUGGGGAUGAUGGCGAAGGAGAUGACCUGGAUUUCUGGAUUGUGCAGUGCAGUGGUUCUUACUGGGAGCGGGAGGAUGCCGUGCGCUUCAAGCACGUGGGCACCGAGGUGUUCCUGUCCAUCACGGGGGAGCAGUACGGGCACCCCAUCCGAGGCCAGCGCGAGGUGCACGGCAUGCCUGCUGCCAACCACCACAACUAUUGGAAAGCCAUGGAGGGAGUCUUCAUCAAACCCAGCCUGGACCCUGCAAAACACGAUGAGCUCUGAAUUGGCGCGGGAUCCAAAACGCUUCGUGUGACUCCGGUGUUUGGAGAUGCUAAUCCUUGGUCUCUUCUAAGUCCUGCCUUGCCUGAGUGACUGAUUUUCUGUGUUACUGAAGGGCAUUAGUUCAUUCUAGGGAUGCAGCACUUCUGUGGGGAGUGGCUUCUGCCAGGUUCGGCCACUGACAUUUAUUUGGUGAAGUCCUUUCUGAAUUUCCAAGCUUUAUUGGUGAAACUAGUUCCUACAUCUGUUAGGUUUUGUUGUCAUUUGUUUGCUUGUUACUUUUUCUCGAAUUCGAAGGAAAUGAAAAAAUGAAAGUAAUACUUUCCUCUACUCUCAAGUACAAUAAAACUUUGUAUUUUGUAAUCUUUUUCCAGCUAUAAUUAAAUAUUUAAAAACUGAUUUUUACAUCCUAGUGAAAGAAUGUUAUUGAUGAGGAGAUGGAUUGAGUGUAGAAACGGAAAAAUGGUUCUGAAAUAUGGUGGUUUUGAAUGGCUUUCAGUCAGCUAUUUAGUUCUGAGUUAAAAAGAAGUAUCCAUUUGAAAAUUGCAUCCAAUGUCUUAUGACAUUUCAUUCUGUAUUGCAUUGGAAGAUUUGAAAAUACUGUGUAUGUUGGAGUAAGAAGACAACAUUUUAAUAGUUUUACUUUGUCCAAGAAAUUCAGAUGUUCUAGUAGUGGUGGUACAGCUGAUUGUCCUCUGGUAAGGCUGCUCUGCUCUGUGAACAGGUGCAGAAAACUGCUGCUUGCUUAAUUAAUGUUGGAAUUUUACAGUUUCUCAUGGUGUAAAGGAAUGGUUAAAUUUGGCUUACUUCUGUGUCACUACAAGAUCAGUAUGACAAUCCAGGUGAAUAAAUAGUGAGGCAUCCAUCUAUGUGGGGCUUUUUAUGUGUGAAUCCAGAAGAGCAAAAAAAACCUGAGACAAUGGUUUGGUCAUGGAUUUCUGACAGAGUGGUAUGCACUGGAGUGCUAGCAAGGAAUCUUCACUGAACAAGAAUUUCUGUGUUCCUCUGUGAAAAGGAAUUAAUUCUUCAGUGUAUUUUUUACACAGUGGUACUGGAAAUACUGAUUAAAAUUCAAAAUACCAUGUA